AUGAACUUUCGAAUGCGGACCUUCAUUCUGAUAAUGUCACUAUGUGUAGCCUUCUUUGCUGAAGCGCAGUACCUCGAUGCUGGUAAUACCGAGUUACAAAGGAGGGAUGGGGAGACGAGUGCUGCUGUGGAGAGGCUUUGCCGGAUGACUUCUCAGCAAAGUGCAAUUAUCAACAAUACAUUAUACCUUAUGGGGGGUAAUGUAGUGUAUGGGUCAGAUAGCACUUGGAAGGACCGCUCUUCUCAAAUCGCAGCACCCAAUACAUAUUUGCGAACAAUCGACCUGACGCAAGAUUUCAACUUAUCCGAUGGCCUCCUACAUUCCCACCGCUAUGAAAUCCCCUCAGACGUUCCUGAUAUUGCCGAAGGCCACUUGUGGGCAGACGAAGACCGACUAGUCCUGGUGGGAGGACUAACAGAGCGAAUCAAUAAAACCUUCCCCAAUUAUACAGCUCCCACAGCUAGCUACGAGGUUUGGAGCUAUGAUCUUGGAGGCAAAGAUGGCAGGAUAUGGAAGACUCUUUCGAUGGGAGGGGGUAAUAGGAUCAUGCGGGCUUUCAGCGCGGCGGGGACUUAUGUUGCCAAUUUACGAAAGGGCUUUUUGCUUGGUGGAAUGGUAGCACAUGAUUCUCAAUCAAUUGUCCCCCUGUCGAUGGGAGAUGUUGAUGUUGGGGGAUUGUUGAUCUGGGAUGGGGCGAAGGAGAGCUGGGAGAACAAGUCAACACCGUGGAAAAGACGUCACUCGGCAGGUGGGUUUUAUCUGCCAUAUGGAGAGCAGGGGGUUUUGGCUUUCUUUGGCGGACUUACGGAGGAGGGAAACUGGCUAGUAUACGACAAUUUCACGUUUCCAAUGAAUAGAAUCGACAUCUACGACAUUGCAAAGGAUGAAUGGUAUCGUCAAAACACAACUGGCAAUGUACCUUCACACCGUGCGAAUUUCUGCGGCCAAGUCGUUUCUGCUCCCGACAACUCAAGUCAUCAAAUAUACAUUUUCGGUGGAGCGGGAGCGAAUUCAUUACUUUCAGGUGAUGUUUAUGUACUGACAAUUCCCACUUUCAGGUGGCAGCUAGCUUGGGAUGGUAAUGGCGAUAAUUACUCGGUAAAUAGAGUCCCGCUUCCCAGGGAAUAUGCCACUUGCGAUUUAGUCUCCGGAGGUUACGCUAUGAUGGUCUUUGGGGGGAAGAUAUCCGCAGACAUCAUUCCAACUGGUUGUGAUGAUGGCGGUAUGUAUCUGUUUAGUCUGAACGAAUGGCAUUGGGAACUGCAGUACUCCUCAAAUCCUCAGCAGUAUGAGGUCCCACUAGCGAUACGGUCUACGUUCGGCAGCAAUGGUACAAAUCUAGAACCAGAGAUAGGAUUUGAGGAUGCUCACGUUGCAGCGCUCAUGACAAAUGAGUCCAUACUCGAUACGGGAGGUUAUACAGACACCGAUAGUCUUCCACAUCGGAAUAAAACAACCACCCCCACAGAAACCCCCAAGGCCUCUAACACACCUCAUUUAUCAAACCACACAAACACAAACGCAAGCACCGCCGCACUAGUAGGUGCCAUCAUUGCCGGAAUAUUGGCCACAAUAUCGUUGAUUGGCGGAUUCUACUGGUACUUUCAUCGAAGCCCGCCAAGUCUUCCUAGGAAAGACGACCUUGCUGAGCUAGAUGGAAGUCCCAUCCCGGAGAGCUGCAGCAAAUUCUGUCACAGUCAAGCAGUAGAACUACCGACAACAAGAUUUUCAGAUUCACACCAACCGUAUCAAUUGAACUCCCCAGAACCAGUUGAAAUGCUUGCGCCCUCUGUUCAGCAACACACAAUUACUGGCCCUCCGCCUCCCCCUCAUCAUUGUAUGCAUUGCCCGCAUAAUGAGUAUUAUGUGAACAUUGCAUUAGACGAUGUACCGCCUACACCCCCGCCAAAAUAG